GCAGAGCAGAGCGGCCAUGGAGAACCUGCUGUCCUCAACCCCGUCCCACUCGACGCUCCCGGAGCACUUUGUCUUCCCGGCAGACCAGCGCCCGCCGGCCUCCACCCGCACCGUCUCCCUCCCCGUCAUCGACCUCUCCCGCGGCCGCGACGAGGUCCGCCGCGCCGUCCUCGACGCUGGCAAGGAGCUCGGAUUCUUCCAGGUGGUCAACCACGGCGUCUCUGCGGAGGCGAUUCGGGACAUGGAGGCGGUGUGCGAGGAGUUCUUCCGGCUGCCGGCGGAGGACAAGGCGCGCUUCUACUCCGAGGAUACCGGAAAGCCCAACCGGCUCUUCUCCAGCACCACGUACGAAAUCGGCGGCGAGAAGUACUGGCGGGACUGCCUCCGCCUCGCCUGCGGCUCCCCCGUCGGCGACACCAAGAACGACUGGCCAGACAAGCCCCAAAAGCUCCGCGAGGUGGUUGAGAAGUUCGUGGAGCCGACGAGAGGCGUGGGGAUGGAGCUGCUGCGGCUGCUGUGCGAGGGCAUGGGGCUCCGGCCGGACUACUUCGAGGGGGACCUCACCGGCGGCCACGUGAUCAUCAACGUCAACCACUACCCGCCGUGUCCGGCCCCGGGACUGACGCUCGGCCUGCCGCCGCACUGCGACCGGAACCUCAUCACCCUGCUCCUCCAGGGCGCCGUCCAAGGCCUCCAGGUCUCCUACAAGGGCGACUGGAUCAACGUCGAGCCCGUGCCCAACGCGUUCGUCGUCAACUUCGGCCACCUGCUCGAGAUUGCCACCAACGGGAUCCUGAAGAGCAUCGAGCACCGGGCGAUGACCAACGCGGCGGUGGCGCGGACGUCGGUGGCGACGUUCAUCAUGCCGGGUGCGGACUGCAUCAUCGGCCCAGCGGAGGAGCUCGUCGGCGAGGGCAACCCGGCGCGCUACCGCAGCGUCACGUUCGACGAGUUCAUGCGCGUGUACAAGAUCGUCGGCGCGCGGAGGGAGAACGUGGAGAAGGCUUUCAAGCUCUGAGCUCAGUUCGAAUGAUUCUGACAGAUCUGUUGCAGAGCAGCCAAAAAAAAAGAACAACUGCAUUGCUGUUGCUGAUCUAGCUGCUGCGAAAUGAUAAUACCUGUACUAGAAGAUGAAAGUUCA